AGCAGGAGAGAACCACGUCCUUCUUCUGGGAUUUAACUGACCGUGGGUGACCACCGAGGCUUCACCGGGGCUCCAUCCAGAGUCUCUCUCCCCCCCUCCCCUCCCCAUCCCACCCCCUGUCCUGAGACAUGCUCUCCCCGGGACUCUCCGUGUCUCUGCUGGCCGUGUCCUGCGCCCUGUGGCCGGCUGCGGUCCGGGCUGCGUCCUGCGAGUCUGUGCGCAUCCCUCUGUGCAGGUCCAUGCCCUGGAACAUGACCAAGAUGCCCAACCACCUCCACCACAGCACGCAGGACAACGCGGUGCUGGCCAUCGAGCAGUUUGAAGGGCUGCUGGGAACUGGCUGCAGUCCGGACUUGCUCUUCUUCCUGUGUGCCAUGUACGCUCCCAUCUGCACCAUCGACUUCCAGCACGAGCCCAUCAAACCCUGUAAGGCGGUGUGUGAGCGGGCGAAGCAGGGCUGUGAGCCAGUGAUGAAGCGUUACAACCACAGCUGGCCCGACAGCUUGGCCUGCAGCGAGCUGCCGCUGUACGACCGUGGAGUCUGCAUCUCACCUGAGGCCAUCGUCAAGGCAGAGGGACCAGAUCCACACUACCAGGACCCAGCCAGGUGUAACCCAGAAUCCAGUCCAGACUUUCCAAUGGACUCCAACAACCUCCACUGCAGAGGACCAAAUGGAGAUCGCUGUAAGUGCAAGAUAGUCAAGAUGGGUCUCAAAAACUACCAGAGGAACAACUACAACUAUGUGAUCAGAGCUCGGGUGAGGGAGGUGAGGAACCGAGGUCUGGAGCCCACAGCGGUGGUGGAGGUGAAGGAGGUGCUCAAGUCUUCUCUGGUCAACAUUCCCAAGGAAACGCACACGCUGUACUACUCUUCCUCCUGCCUGUGUCCUCCUCUGACUCCUGGGGAGGAGUACCUCAUUAUGGGCUACGAGAACGAUGAGACGUCCAGGUUGCUCCUGAUUGACGGCUCCAUUGCUCAGAAGUGGAGGGAAAAAAUGCGCAGGAAGAUCAAGAGAUGGGAUCAGAUCGUGAAGGGGAAUAGCCGUCCCCGCCCGAGUCCCCACUGAGAUCUGACCGUGUGUGUGUGUGUGUGUGUGUGUGUGUGUUUGUGUGUGACUGUGUGUGUGUGUGUGUGUGUAUGUGUGUGUGUAGAUUUUGCACUAUCACAGGCUGUUGUAGCUGAAUGUAGUUCAUCUCUUCAUCUAUCAGAUUGUUUGGAGUCAGAUUUUUGUCAUAAAUUUUUCUUUGCACAAACAUUAAAUAGUGUGCUUUUAGUGUGUGUAUUUGUAUGUAUAUGUGGUGUGUGUGUUGUGUGUGUGUGUGUGUGUGUGUGUGUGUGUGUGUGUGUGUGUGUGUAUGUGUAUAUACACCUAAAGCACUCAAAAAGACAAGAGAGGGGGUGGAGCUUCCAAGCUGUAGUACUAAACCCUACGCAGAGCAAUACAGUAUGUACAUGACACUUUUUUUCGGAA